GGAGGAGAAAGGUCACACACCCCAGGGCAAACUACACCAUGGAGAAAAGCACGAGCAGAUGAGCGGACAUGGAGGAAUCUGGCAGAGGAGGAGCAGGCUUUGAAUUACAGGCCGGCCCCUCUCCAUCACCAGCCCCCAACACAGACGCUACAUUCAACAGAGGAAACGGAAAAGACGAAACAUACAAGAAGGUUUUUCAUUUCAAAACCCCGGGGCUGUGGAAAGAACAGCGAGUUCCUUUUUGUUAAAUAAACUUGUCCAGUUUGGGCUGCAUUCUCAAGCCACAGACCCGGCCUUCCACCACAAUAUUUCCACUUUUUGCCCUUUAUUCCCCCAGCUGUUUGCAGCUGGCCGAAAGCACCCGCCCUGUUCGGGAAAAAGGGACCGAGAGUGACCGGAGGAGGAGAGAGAUGCCACCCCAACCUUUGCAGUCGCAGGUGAGGAAGAAUAUCCUGAAGUUCCUUAAGAGUUUUUUGGGAAUUAUCCGCAUCCUGCAGAUUGUGUUCGGAGCCGGGUUGUGGGUCACCAUCGCCGCAAACAAAUACGAAGGAUCCAUCCACUUCGUCCUGUUCGUCGCAGUCCUCUUCUGGCUCCUCACCCUCGCCCUUUUCUUCCUCACCCUGCUGGACAAGCAGGACCUCGUCCCGCUGCUGGGAGGGGAGCGGUGGUCAUCCACCAACCUGGCGCACGACGUGGCCGCCGCCGUGCUCUACCUGCCGGCCAUAGGUGUCAUGAUCUACAAGACGGAUCGCAACUCGUACUGCAACCUGGAGCUGUACAAGCACCUCUGUCUGUAUAAGGUCUACCUGACAGCUACCGUGUUCGCCUGCCUGUGCUGCCUGGCUUACCUCCUGUCCGUUAUUAAUGGAACGUGCAGGAAGUGUCGAGGAUAAGACUGAAGGGGGGUGAUGACAACAAGGGGGGGGUAUGGGUCCUUUAGUGGGAUAUCCACAGCAAGAUGAUGAAUAGUUAACUUCACUGUAAUUUAACUCAACAGCUAGGCCUACUCUAAUCACAGGUGUGUCUCUAUUGUCUCCUCACACCAAACUUUCCACUUUGGUAGUGAGGCAUUCAAAGUCAUACAGUCAGUGAAUUUAGGAGUUGCUGACAUGAAAAUACUUAAUCAGCUCCUAGUGCAGAGGCCUACCCAGGAUGGGAGUCUGAUUGGUGUGAUGUGUUAGGAGGUCUGACGCACUGUAUCCCUUUUAUUAACGCACGUGUGUCUGUCUCCUAGUUGUAGCUAGUCAAGGCCAUGCCUCCACCUCUUACGUUUGUUUUCCACUAAUCACUAUAAUAGUCCUGUAGGUGCUAUUAUAGUGGGAAUAUAUUCAGUAUUUACAAUACAAUGGACUUUACAUACAUUUUUAGAUUUGUGUUGAGUAGCUGUCCAUCUAAAACCCCUCAUAGGAUAGGAUAGGAUUCUUUUCAUUGCCGUUUUUUAAAGUAGAUGUUUUUACGUGUUUUUUGUACAACAGCAAACUAUACUGAACAGUUACUGAAGCGUGGUAUUUUUUAGGAUCCGCUCUGUUUUAGUUUUGUCUCACUUAAACGCUGCAAACAGGUUCAUAAGUGCCUUCUGUCAGAAUGCUGUAUACUCAACCAGGUCUUGACAACAAAAUCCAAGAAUGUGGAUGUGAUUGGUGCUACAAUGUGUAACAAAAAUAUUCCUUAAGUGUCCAUUAUGUAAAGCCAAAGAAUAAAGAGCAGUAAGUGAGAG